AUGCGCCUCCGCAGAGCUGCACGAGUCAUUCUUGUCGGGGCGCCUGGGGUGGGGAAGGGAACACAAUCGGAACGGCUUCUGGACAGAUUCCCUCAGCUUUCGUCAAUAAGCUCGGGGGAUUUGCUUCGGCUCAAUGUCAAACAACGGACGCCGCUUGGCAUCAAGGUCGAGCGCACUAUCAAAGCCGGCGAGCUGGUCCCUGACGAUCUGAUACUCCGGCUCAUCCGCAACGAGCUCAAUCAGCGCGGAUGGAUAUUCUCGACUCACCCAGCCGGGAACGUCAUGACGCUCGCCUCGUCCUCGGCUAUCGCCGAAGUCGCAUCUUUCAUCUCGUCGCCGACACACUCCCGGGGCCACGUCCAGGCGCAACCCUCCGAUGAUCCCGCCGCCUCGUUCCUCCUCGACGGCUUCCCGCGCACGGCGGUGCAGGCUGCUCAGCUGGACCACAUCGUACCAAUAAAUAUGGUCGUGUCCAUCAAGACGCCGGUUGAUGUCAUUAUGGGCCGGAUAUCGGGCCGCUGGGUCCACGAGCCUUCUGGGCGCGUGUACAAUACCAACUUCAACGCCCCCAAGGUUGCCGGCCACGACGACAUUACGGGCGAGCCCCUGACGCGCCGACCCGACGACAACGAGGAGGUGUACCGCGCGAGGUUUCGCAAGUUUGAGGAGACCAGCGAGCCCCUGCUAGACCACUAUGCGCAGAAGGGUGUGCUGUGGGAAGUCAAUGGGAUGAGCAGCGACGAGAUUAGCCCCAAGCUAUUCCGCGAGUUUGAGCGCCGUUUCGUUGACUAA